GAAAAAUCAGCAUCACCAGCAGAUAAAGCAGGGAGACGAGGAACAGGGGCCCGCCCUGAGCUCUGCGGGGAGAGGAAGCAUUGUCCGUCGUGAGCGAGGACCAGUCGCUAUUUGAGUGUGCCUACGGAACGCCACACCUGGCGAAGACGGAGAUGACCGCAUCCUCCUCCAGUGACUAUGGCCAGACAUCCAAGAUGAGCCCGCGUGUCCCUCAGCAGGACUGGCUGUCUCAACCCCCGGCCAGGGUCACCAUCAAGAUGGAAUGCAACCCCAGCCAGGUGAACGGCUCAAGGAACUCCCCCGAUGAGUGCAGCGUGGCCAAAGGCGGGAAGAUGGUGGGCAGCCCGGACACUGUGGGGAUGAACUACGGCAGCUACAUGGAGGAGAAGCACAUGCCACCCCCCAACAUGACCACGAACGAGCGCAGAGUGAUCGUCCCAGCAGAUCCCACGCUGUGGAGCACAGACCAUGUCCGGCAGUGGCUGGAGUGGGCCGUGAAAGAGUAUGGCCUUCCGGAUGUGGACAUCUUAUUAUUCCAGAAUAUUGACGGCAAGGAGCUGUGCAAGAUGACCAAGGACGACUUCCAGCGGCUCACCCCGAGCUACAACGCUGACAUCCUGCUCUCCCACCUCCACUACCUCAGAGAGACUCCUCUUCCACAUUUGACUUCCGAUGAUGUGGAUAAAGCCUUACAAAACUCGCCACGGUUAAUGCACGCUAGAAACACAGGGGGUGCAGCUUUUAUUUUCCCAAAUACUUCAGUAUAUCCUGAAGCCACGCAAAGAAUUACAACUAGGCCAGAUUUACCUUAUGAGCCUCCCAGGAGAUCAGCCUGGACCAGUCAUGGCCACCCCACCCCUCAGUCAAAAGCUGCUCAGCCGUCUCCUUCCACAGUGCCCAAAACUGAAGACCAACGUCCUCAACUAGAUCCUUACCAGAUUCUUGGACCAACAAGUAGCCGCCUUGCUAACCCAGGUAGUGGCCAGAUCCAGCUCUGGCAGUUUCUCCUGGAGCUCCUGUCUGACAGCUCCAACUCCAACUGCAUCACCUGGGAAGGCACCAACGGGGAGUUCAAGAUGACAGACCCCGACGAGGUGGCCCGGCGCUGGGGAGAGCGGAAAAGCAAACCCAACAUGAACUACGAUAAACUCAGCCGCGCCCUCCGUUACUACUACGACAAGAACAUCAUGACCAAAGUCCACGGGAAGCGCUACGCCUACAAGUUCGACUUCCACGGGAUCGCCCAGGCCCUGCAGCCCCACCCGCCAGAAUCCUCUCUGUACAAGUACCCCUCAGACCUCCCCUACAUGGGCUCCUACCACGCCCACCCUCAGAAGAUGAACUUUGUGGCGCCCCACCCUCCAGCCCUCCCCGUCACAUCCUCCAGUUUCUUUGCUGCCCCAAACCCCUACUGGAAUUCACCCACUGGGGGCAUAUACCCGAACACCAGGCUGCCCGCCGGCCACAUGCCUUCCCACCUGGGCACUUACUACUAACCCCUCGAUGGAGGCCUUUCCCAACAGUGUACAAUCGCCGAUCAAUUGCCACAAACUCUGUCGGAGAACAUGAAUUAGAAGUGCCUCAAGCCGGAGGAAAAAGCUUGAUGGGCUGGGGAAGGGAGCCAGGGAAGAGACCCAAAGACUCAUGGCGGGAGGGAGUUACUAAAGUGUUACUACAGAAAUAAGAUGCUCAAAGUGUAAUGCAUAUGGAUGUAGGAUCUGUGGACCAACCGUGACAAAGACAUUGUGUGCAGCAAGCAGGAAGUCCUGAGGACAAGUGCCAAAGGAAGUGGCCUUAAGUAGUGUAUGAACUGUAGAGUAGAAUGUGGGAUCCCGCUCAUGCGACCCAGGUUUAAACUAAAGCAAUAGAGAUAACACAGUCUUGGCCUAACCUACCGUUUAUAAUGUCAUUUUAAGGAAAACUACCUGUAUUUAAAAUAGAAACAUAUCAAAGCCAAAACAAGAAGACGAGAGAGACUGUGGCCCCGCAACAGACAUUGCCGGGGCUCCUCGGCAUUUGCUGCAUCAGUUGGAAUCCGAUUUGUUCCAUUUGAUAGACAGCUGUCAGCUCUCUCAAACUGUGAAGACAACCCAAAGUUUCCAUCUCCUUUACAGGACUGCAGGAACUAUGAGCCAAAUGGUGGGACUGCGGAUGUGUAUAGAGUGGGCGUGUUAUGGUAGACAGAGGGCUGGAGGAGGAGGACGAGGAGGAAGCAGAGGAGGAGGAGAGGAGGAGUGGGAGAGACUUUGAUUCAAGCAGCAAAGACUGGAUUUAGGACACUUUUGGUGGAGAAAGAUUAUUCGUGGAGACCUGAGGUUUAAUGCAGUCAGUGUCAUACCAAACCCAGUGUUACCAGAAAGGACCCAGUGUAAUGGAGGAAGGGGAGUGGUAGAAUUAAGAACCAAAACAGCCAUCUCUUUGUUUGUCAAAAGAAAAAUUUAACUGGAAUUGCCUGAUAUUUAAAAGAAACGUUCAGGACCUCAGCAUUCUGUAGGGGCCUUGUGCCCCACAGGGUCAGGUAAGAGUUGGCCUCUGGCCACCACAAUCAGAUCUCAAAGGCAUUUUGGGGAGGUGGGGGUCCAGUUUUCCUUUUCGAGUCGCGAACGCUGUGCGUUUGUCAGAAUGAAGUAUACAAGUCAAUGUGUUUUUUUUUUCCUUUUUAUAUAAUAAUUAUAUAACUUAUGCAUUUAUACACUACGAGUUGAUCUCGGCCAGCCAAAGACACACGACACACAAAAAAAAGAGACAAUCAAUGAUACAAUGUGGCCUUGAACUUUAACUCUGUAUGCUUAAUGUUUACAAUAUGAAGUUAUUAGUUCUUAGAAUGCAGAAUGUAUGUAAUAAAAUAAGCUUGGCCUAGCAUGGCAAAUCAGAUUUACACAGGAGUCUGCAUCUGCACUUUUUUAGUGACGAAAGUUGCCUAAUAGAAACUUGUGCUGAGUGUUGUGGGUUUUGUGUUACAAUUUUACUUUGUCCGGGAACUGAUGCCAGUGGGGACCAAGCAGACAGGAUGUUGGACAGGUGAUGUGUGCCCCUCCUGACCCUCUUGCUUCCACCUUGAUUCCCAGCACCAUCUGCAACAGAAGGGCCCAAAGCUUCACCGUGAAACCUCCACAUGUACACCUAGAAGGGAAAGAGGCUUCUAAAACUGAGGCUAUAGUUGAGAAAUUCCAGUGCAGCACUGGCCACAAAUCACCCUAGUUUCUGCUAUGAUCAUAAAACAUUUGCAGAAUGGUGAACAAGCCACUCCUGUGAACAAAAGCUGUUGUUACGAUUGGUCAGUGAAUCAUCAUGGACAGCUGCAGUUUUUCACUUCAGGGAUAGCUUCUAAGUUUGCCAUGUAGCUUCCUUCUGGGGUCCUCAUCAACUAGACUAGUGCUCUGAUCCUUCCAUGCCAGAAUAGUCAGGCACUGUGGUUUUGUGAUUCCCCGGCCCUGGGCCUGAACUUCCCAGCUCUCCUCUCACAUCCUGUUUCUGUGAUCCAAACUCGAUUUCCUUGAAGAACACCUUCUCUUUGUGUCACAAGUGCGGCCCACCUUGGCCAAGGUGAAGGUGAUUCUGGAGAGGGGAGGCAAGUCACCUGUAAAAAGGAGCAAGCCUGUGCACCUUCUCAGCCUGAGUCAGUUUAAAUUGGCCAUUUUAUAGCGGUUUCGGGGCUUGUUUUGCACUUUGUAAUCCUUUUGCUAUGAUUAAACAAACUUGCCAAACCUC